CGAUUCAGAGAAAUACCGCUGAUAGUGUUGGUCAUCUUAUUCAGUUUGUAUGGCUGACUGUAAUUCGAUCAGUUAUAAUGAAACACAGUCAAAUAAUCAGUUCCCUAUGAAUAUUGAAUGCAUUCCAGACAUGAUACUUUUAGAUAUAUUUUCUAGACUUGAUUUUGUAGAUUUGUGCAUGUGUUCAAGAGUCUGUCAGAGAUGGUAUAUGCUUUCAAGGGAUUUCAGUUUACGGAAAAAAAUAAUUAUAAAGAAAGCACUAAAAGCAAGUCAGUUCAAUAGUUUAAUACAUCAUCAUUUCUCAAAUGUGCUAGAAGAAUUUCAAUUGUUAAAAACUACAGGAACUAUGACAUUGCUUUCUGUGAAAAAAAAUACUCUAUGGAAACUCUCAAAUAGAAGCAGUAAAUUAAAGAAACUAGUUUUAAUGUCAUGUUCUUUAGCUUCUGUUUCGUUAAAAGAUAUGCCUUCUAGUUUAUUACACCUAAGUGUUCGAGGCUCUGAAAUUUAUCCUGAUCUAUUUUUUGGCACAAAUCCACAUUUUGCUGUUCCUCAUCUCACUUGUUUAGACAUUGGAGGCGUGAGUAAUUUUCUAACUAGUCAGGAUUUGCAUGUGUUUUCAACUUUAAAAUCAUUGCGUUCAUUAUACCUUGAGGGUUGUUUUCGCAUUAAUAAUGGUGGCAUUGAAUCCAUUAUCACUAUUUUACCUCAGCUUGAAAUUUUGGAUGUUGAAGGAACUGAUAUUUCUAAUGAAGGUGUAAGAACAAUAUUUGACAAUUGUGCAAAUAUCAGAGAACUGUAUAUUGGCCAUACAUCUAUUAGUGAUGAUGCUUUCUCAAGAAUUGUGAAAAAUAAAAUGCCACAUCUAACAUUUUGCUGUGUAAGAAAUACUAAUAUAUCUUCAGCUAGUAUACAUACCUUUAUAAUGCACCAUUUAAGUAACAAAAAAUUAAUGGUCGAAGCAGAUUUUGAUUGGUCCAGUAGUAUUUUUAAGCCUAGCGAUCUGAAUUCUGAAAUGAAUGAUUCACUUCCUUAUCUUGCUGAUAUAAGAUGUCACCAUUAUUUAAAUAAUAAAUGUUAGUAACAAAAUUCCAUUCUAUUUUAAACCAAUAAAAAUAGUUAAUAUGAUUAUUAAUUUUGGUAACCAAAACUUUUGAUAUGCCUGUUUUCUUAAAGCAGGUAAAUGUUUUAUGUUAUAGAUUUUAGUGGCUCGAGCAACUUUUGUAAAUUUUUAUGUUAAAUUUUUGUUCUUAAUCAUUUAGCUAAAAAAUGUUUUUAUAAUUUUUUUUUUUUUUGCUAUG